ACUCACUCCUCCUCACUAGCUCCCUCCCUCUCUCUCAAUCAUUUAUACUACACUAAUUAACCAAGGUCAUAUAUAGCUAGGUUAAUCAAACUUUAAAAAAUAAUCAAGCAAAUAUAUCUAUAUUCUAUAUACUCCAAUUUUAAUUUUGUAUUGAUCAUUCAUGGGAGACAUGGUGAGCCCGGUGGUACACCGUCACGCCGCCGGCGGCGGCAGCGGCGGCGACGACGACGACCAGGCUUGCAUGUACGCGCUGGAGCUCCUGGGAGGGUCGGUCGUCUCCAUGACACUCAAGGCGGCGAUCGAGCUCGGCCUCGUCGACGAGCUCCUCGCCGCCGCCGGCGCCGCCGUGACCGCGGAGGAGCUAGCUGCGCGGCUCCGGCUCCCUGCUGCGGUCGCCGCCGCGGCGGCGGUGGACCGCAUGCUGCGGCUCCUCGCCUCGUACGGCGUCGUCAGGUGCGCGACGGAGGCCGGGCCCGACGGCAAGGCCCGCCGGAGCUACGCCGCGGCGCCGGUGUGCAAAUGGCUCGCCGCCGGGAGCAGCAGCGGCGAAGGGUCCAUGGCUCCGCUUGGGCUGCUCAACCUCGACAAGGUGUUCAUGGAGAACUGGUACUACCUGAAGGAGGCAGUGUCGGAGGGAGGGACAGCAUUCGACAAGGCGUACGGCACGUCCUUGUUCCAGUACCUGGGCCAGGACGGCAACGAGCCCUCCAACACGCUCUUCAACCAGGCCAUGGCCAGCCACUCCGUCGUCAUCACCAACAAGCUGCUCCAAUUCUUCCGCGGCUUCGACGCCGGCGCCGGCGUGGAUGUGCUCGUCGACGUCGGCGGCGGCGUCGGCGCCACGCUGCGGAUGAUCACCGCUCGCCACCCCCACCUGCGUGGCGUCAACUACGACCUUCCCCAUGUCAUCGCGCAGGCGCCGCCAGUUGAAGGUGUGGAGCAUAUCGGAGGCAGCAUGUUUGACCAUGUUCCCAGUGGAAGCGCAAUCUUGCUCAAGUGGAUUCUGCACUUGUGGGGGGACGAGGAGUGCGUGAAGAUCCUGAAGAACUGCUACAAGGCGCUGCCGGCGAAGGGGAAGGUGAUCUUGGUGGAGUAUGUGCUCCCGGCGAGCCCGGAGGCGACGCUGGCGGCGCAGGAAGCGUUCCGGCUCGACGUCAUGAUGCUGAACCGCCUCGCCGGCGGCAAGGAGAGGACGCAGCAGGAGUUCACCGACCUCGCCGUCGACGCCGGCUUCUCCGGCGACUGCAAGCCUACCUACAUCUUCACCAACGUCUGGGCUCUCGAGUUCACAAAGUAAUUUACUAUACUGCACAGCCAACAGCUAGCCGGAUGCAUGAAAGUGACGGCAUUAGUUCGUUUCCUCUUCUCAGUCUCCUCGACGAUUCAUUUGUUAGUAAUUUACAUCUAAAAUCUGUGGUACAUGUGUGUGCCUAUACGUGCAUUGAUUUCUGUUGAAGUGUUCUUUACGUGUGUAAGAGCGCCCCUCGUAUAUACAUAUGUACUCCAAAUAAACGAAGACAAUAAGACAUGCUCUCAAGCCCCACAUGUACGUGCCGUGCA